AUGAGCGUUCAUGAAAGCGAUAAUUACAUCAGCUUGGCCGAGCUGGUGGAGACAAAUCUUAGUUUUCGGCCUUUGAAAGAAGAAUUGUCUCAAUACGAUGCCAAUUCACCAGAAUAUAUUUCUGCAUUGAUCGAUGCGAUGCCCUUGACAGAAAAUACGAAUUAUCGAAGUUUUUUGAAGAAACAAUCGGUUCCUAUUCCAGGGUCUGAACUGAACCCCGGUUAUAGCGCUGUGUACCGCAGUUCGCUUAGUCCCGACCACUUGGUCUCGAGCAUGCACCCGCAAUUGACCACUUUUUUCGAUCUGUUCAAUUUUGCUGUCAAACGUUUCCCCGACCGCGACUGUUUGGGCCAACGUGUGCCUUUGGAUGGGUCCGGAAAGCUUAGCGAUCACUAUGUUUUUGAGAGCUACCAGGAAAUCCAGAAACGCAGUCGGAAUCUCGGAAGCGGGAUCAUGACGGUGGUAAAUUUGAAACGCCAGCGCAAAUUUGACGUAAACGAUUUCAUAGUCAGUUUGUGGUCGAGCAACCGCAAGGAGUGGAUUAUCGCUGAUCUGGCAUGCCAGGCUUAUUCGGUUGCGAACACCGCUUUGUACGAGACCUUAGGGGUCGGCAGCUCGCAAUAUAUCCUCAACAGCACCGAAAGUCCCGUUCUCAUCGUGUCCAAAGUCAAAAUAUAUGCUAUCUUGGACUUGCUGCCUCAAUUGCCCCAUUUGAGCACCGUGAUUUGCAUGGAUGACCUCAGUUCUGACGAGCUCAGUCAGCUCAAUGGACCUCUUCUACCGCGUUCAACUAACGAAGCUGGAGAACGCAUUUCAGUUUUAACCCUCAGACAGGUGGAAGAGAUUGGUGCGAACAAUGACGUGCCAAUUAUUCCUCCGAAGCCUAGUACAUUGUACACCAUCUCAUUUACGUCAGGCACUACGGGAACUCCAAAGGGCGUUCUUUUGAAUCACAGUCACAUCGCCGCUGGAAUCACUUUUGUAAUGAGCAUUUUCCGAGUACCGCCCCAAAAGCGCGGCAAACAAUUAUACGAUAUGUGCUUUCUUCCUCUCGCACAUAUUUUUGAAAGAAUGAUUGCGGGCUAUGUAUUGUCGUCUGGAGUUGGUCUAGGCUUUUUACACAAGGCGGAUCCCGCAGUUCUGGUGGAAGAUCUCAAAAUUCUGAAACCCGACUCCUUUUCUCUUGUACCAAGAGUGUUAACCAAAUUCGAAGCUGGUAUAAAAAACGGUCUUCGGGGAGACUCUGUUUCAGCUCUUACUAAAAACGUCGCGACGAACAUAUUGGAUCAAAAACGUACAAGGUUUCAGACCCGCGGAGGACCUGAUCGCUCCAUUAUUAACCAAGUGGUCUUUCAUAGGGUUUUAAUCGACAAGAUCAGAGAUUCAUUAGGAUUGACGAAUGUUUCUUUUUUGGUAACGGGGUCUGCACCAGUCUCCAACGACACCCUUUUGUUCAUGAAAAGUGCCUUGGACACUGGGAUCAGGCAAGGCUAUGGAUCAACAGAAACUUUUGCUGGUAUAUGUAUUAGCGAACCUCUUGAAAAAGACUCUGGAACUUGCGGAGGUAUGGCCAUUUCAACAGAAUGCCGUCUCAGAUCAAUACCAGAGAUGAAAUACGACGCAGAGCGUGAUCAGAAAGGUGAAGUUCAGUUGCGGGGGCCCCAGAUUUUCGCUGGCUAUUACAAGAACCCCGAGGAAACGCGGAAAGUGUUAAGCAAAGACGGAUGGUUUUCUACCGGCGAUGUGGGCUACAUUGAUGCUAAAGGACGUCUUUCCAUCAUUGAUAGGGUUAAGAACUUUUUCAAAUUGGCUCAAGGAGAAUACAUUGCACCUGAAAAGAUCGAGAAUUUGUAUCUGUCGUCCUGCCCUUACAUUUCUCAAAUUUUUGUUCAUGGCGAUUCUUUCAAGCCGUUCUUGGUAGCGGUUUUAGGGUUGGAUUUGGAAACGUUCGAACCUGUGCUGAAACAGCGGUUACCAGCGUUAAAACGUUUUCAUGGUCAGGACAUCAUAAAAUUAUUGAAUGAUAACCGUGAAUACAGAAAAGAGGUUGUUAAAAUGAUGAACAGUGAAUUAACGGGUCUUCAGGGUUUUGAAAAGAUCAACAAUAUUCUAGUUGGUUUGGAACCUCUCAAGGUGGCUGAUGACACCAUCACUCCCACUUUUAAAGUAAAAAGAGUGAACGCCGCCAAGAAGUAUCACCAAGACUUAAACAGGCUUUACGAGGAAGGUUCCCUAAUCAAGGUAGAGAAAUUGUAG